UGCUCGCGCUUUAAUACCUUGUAGCACAACCAACUGUUGGGGAUUGUCAAUGUGCGGCCAAGCUCGAGCGCAGAGUUUGCCAGUUAUAUGAGUAUGAAACAGGACGUUUGGGUUGCGUGGUAGGAAGAAAGAAAGAAACAAACAAACAAACAAGAUUACCUAGGUACUUGACUUACACGGAAAGCAUGGCGGCGCCGCCAGAUGAGAUCACUAAAGUCUCACUUGAUCGGGCGAGAAUCGGAGAUGAGACUGGUGUUACGCCACAAAGCGCAAGCAUCCAAGAUGAGGUGCCGGCUGUGAACAGUCAUGAAGAAGAUGGGCUCUCGAGACUUCAGAGAAUUAAGACGCAUUUCGGGGAUCGGCCAGAAUGCUUCAAGAACACGUUCCAGGAGGUCUCCUUCGUCUUCCAGGCCACCGUCGCAACUGCCACCACCUCGUUCCUGACUGGUGUCGCCUUGAUCAUCACCGUCCCCGUCUCUAAAGAUUUGGGUAUGACCCAGGGCGAGAUAGCAUGGAUUAGCGCAUCGACAAGUCUCGUCGCCGGAGCCCUUCAGCUUGCCCUAGGGCAACUGGCAGAUUUACUUGGCCGCAAGGCUAUGUUCAUAACCGGCAUGGCAUCGUUCAGUGCAUUCGUGCUCCUGGUUGCUUUCUCGCGGAACCCCUUUUGGAUGUUAAUCGUCUGCGGCAUACUUGGUGGUUGCAGUGCAAUGGUAGUGCCUCCAGCGAUUGGGAUUCUAGGGGCUGCGUAUUCAACUCCUUCGAAACGGAAGAACAUGGCCUUCUCGGCAUUCAGCGCGGGUAACCCUCUGGGCUUCGUCUUCGGCACUAUCCUGUGCGGUAUCGCGACGCAACUGUCUAGCUGGAGAGCAGCGUUCAUCAUGCUCUGUAUUAUCUGGGCAGUCCUCACUGUCCACGCGAUCUGGGCAGUGCCGAACGUGGAAAACUUCGACCGAGCUCCUUUGAGGCAACGAUUAAGCUCAUUGAAGCAAUUCGACUAUGUCGGUACUGUGCUGACGAUCUUUGGGACGGGCAUGUUUACCGCAGGUUUGACUCUCGGCCCCGAAGAUGGUUGGAAAAGCGCAACUGUCAUUGCACUGUUAGUUGUUGGUAUUGCAUUGUUGAUUGUUUUUGUGUUUUGGGAGAGGAUCUACCCUACCCCUUUGAUGCCUCCGCAUAUCUGGAAGGACCGGAACUUCAGUCUUAUUAUUGCCGUUGUUCUUCUAGGCAUGAUGAGUUUCACGUCUAGCGGUUUCUGGACGGCCUUUUUCUUGCAGGAAAUCAAGCAAUAUUCAACCCUUGAGGUUGCGGUGCAUUUACUCCCAAUGGCCAUUGCAGGACUUAUUUGGAACAUUAUUGCAGGCCGAAUUUUACAUAUUGUUAACAACACCCUUAUUAUGGUCCUUGGGGCCCUAUGUUUUCUCGGCUCCAGCUUGUUAUUUUCCUUCAUGAAGCCCGAAAGCAACUACUGGGCUUUCAUGUUCCCGGCGUUGGUCCUCAAUGUGGCCGGGGCGGAUUUUCAAUUCAAUGUGGCAAAUAUGUAUGUGAUGCAGUCUUUACCUAAGCAUCAACAAUCCUUAGCAGGCGGUAUCUUCAACGUAGUCAUCCGACUGUCUAAUGCUGCCGUCAUGGGAAUUUCGACGGCCGUAUUCAGCUCCAUAGAAUUGACACCAGAAGGUAUGGCUGAUCCGAUGCUUAAAUUCACGAGGACUUUCCAGGUGUCAGUAGCGCUCUCCGCGGCGAGCGUGCUGUUUGCUCCAUUUAUUCGGCUAGGUACGCAGGGGAACCAUCCUAAGGAAGAGGCGAAAGAAGACGGCGAGGAGAAUAAUCAUUCUGGGAAGACGACCGAAGCGGCAACAGAAGUAGCUACCAGCACAGGUGAAAGCGAAACGGAAGAAAAGAAGCAGGAGGCCCAAUAAACUAUGAAAACUAAGAAGCCGGUAGCCGUUACGAGUCUAGGUA